AUGAGCACGAAGCGGAAAAGAGCUGCCGAUGUGGAGUCGACAGCGACGGAUUCGCCGUUGUCGACGCCGUCCGUCAAGCGAAAGAAGGGUCGAAUGUCCAAGAAGGAAAAGGAGGAGCAGUUGGCUGACGUGAGCGGAAUGAUUUUACAAAGAUUUAAUAUUUAUCUUUAAGAUCCAAAAAGGUUUGGCCGUUUUGGAAGUGAUCCGGCAUCACAAGGGCAAAGAGGGUCGCCUCGUCGCUGAGCAUUUCGCUCGGGCUCCUUCCAGAAGGUAUAGUUUGCUCCUUGGAUACUGGGUGAAAAUAGCCGCUUAGUUGAGAAUAUUUUCAUGACUAAUAAUUUGAAGUUCGUAUGGGAUUGAGGUUUUUUGAAUGGAAACGAUUUUAAAUUAUCUUUUUUUGGACUUUCAAAUUGUUUUUUUUAAAUACAAGCUUUUAGGAGAAUCGAAAGAGAAAAAACAAGAAAAAAGAUGAAAUAAGUUUAGGAAGGAGGAAGAGAAAAAAGGAAAUAGCAUUCUAUUCAGAAAAUAUUUUCCUCCAGCCAUCAGCUGAUUUAUUUGAUUGUAUCGAUGUUUUUUUUACUUGUCGUGCAGAUUGCGGAAAGGCGAAUAAACACAUCAAAUGAAUGAAUGAAAAUUUAUCUUUUUUGUAUUUGAAUAUCUUGAACAUCUCAAUAUGUGCUCUAACGAACUAUCAUCUGAUUGGCUGACCAUGCCUUUUUUCUCACAUACUCAAGACAUGAGGAAUAUUCAAUGAGGUAAUUAGAAAGCUUACAACUUCCAGAACCGACCCGGAGUACUACAAGGUAGUAAGUGAGCCGAUAGACGUGACGCGAAUCCAACAGAAGCUCAACACGGAUGAAUAUCGGAACUUCGAACAGUUUUGCGCCGAUGUUGAGCUUCUCGUCAAGAAUGCACGUGCUUAUUAUAAGGUUUAUAACGAAAAUGAACAAAUGAAACGCAUUUUUCUUUCAGGAAGACACGGAGGAGUACAGAGACGCCGCAGAAAUACACCAAGUUUUUCUUGAGUCCAAAGUUAAAGCGGAAAAAGGAGAACUGGUGUGGCAGGAUGAGGACGGCAACCGGGCCACCACUUCUGCUAGGUAAAUCUUUUUUUUUCCGCAAAAAUUUCUGGAGCCUUUGAAAACAAUUUAGUAUCCAGUACCUUUUUUCCGUUUUUACUUGAUUUCGAUAUUGUGUCGUCCUAAAAAAAUUGACUUAGACAGGAUAACGGUUGUAAUUUUUAGCUCCUUGGAUAAAAAGCUUAAGAGUUUAUCUAAAAAAAAAGUAAGAGAUAAUGAGGCUAAAUUUUGAUUUGCUUAACUCAGUUUUUAUCUGCUCAACUUUUUAAAAGAUGCGUUUUAUUUUCACUGAACUGUUAGUCGUGAAUUCAUGACUGUAGUAAAUGAAUCUAUCUUUAUCAUUAAUAUUUUGCUCGAGAUUCGUAAAAUAAAUAGUUUUUGUUCCAAGAAACCGUCCUGAAAUGAUUUUUCAUUCAUUAUCAAAAACCUUUGAGAUUUUUCCAAGGUUCUGUAUCUCAUUGAAGUUGAUAGGAAUUAUCGAGUCCAAGCCUCUAUUUUCGAUGAAACUUGUUCAGAGGCGGAGACCACGAGGAAAACGAGCGCGAUCGUGACACGACGGCUUCUCCAGAAGACCUCGACCUCUACAUGAUCGAGGACAUUCUCUGUGGGAUCCUCGAGUUCACCGACUCUACGGGACGUCUUCUCUGCCCGCCUUUCCGUGUCCUUCAAAGCAAGGAGGUCUCCGGAAUCAAAUAUUUUUCGAAAAUUCAUAAUUAAUCUUUGAAUUUAGUUCAUAAUAUUUUUAAAUCAAACAAAUUGAAUAAAAAUAAAGCGCUUUUGAGAGAAACAGUUUAAGGGUUUAGCCAUUUUUUUCUCACUUUUUGAGCUUUUUCAAUUUGAUUCGAAGUAAGAUUUUUGAACGCAUUUUUUUCUCAUCAAAAAUUUCCUUCUUUAUUAGUAUUUUUCAAACCAGAUUUUUUUGCAGGAGUUCCCCCUGUACUACGAGAAGAUCCAGCAUCCGAUAGAUUUGAAAAAGAUUGCGGAAAAGGCGCGCGAGGGCGAAUAUAAGAAGAUGGACGAGCUGGAGGACGACAUCAAUUUGUUGUUCAAAAAUGCUCAGGUUCGAAAAUUCGAAAUGAUUGAUAUCAUCAACACGGGAAGACAUUUUACUUGUCGGUUUGGCAUUUUCUACAAACUCUUUUAUUGUCGCUACCUGCGCAAAUUCCUAGUAUUUGAGAUAUUAGUUUUUAAAGUUUCGUUCAACACAUAAAUAGACCCCACAAGAGGUCAUUUUUAAUUUGCGACUUGGAAUUUUCUACAAACUUGUUCAAUCACUCUCUGAAGGUUAAUAUUGAGAUCCAUCUAAGAUGCGACCCGCGCCAGCUUUUAGUUUUUAAGAUAAAUAAUUUUGAAAGUCGAAAAGUUAGGCCUAAAACCCAUUUAUCGCAACUGAAACAUGAUUUCUCAAAAUCUAGAAGCUUGCGCAGGAAGCGACUAUGACUGAUCUUCAUCUACAUCUUCAGAGAGUCUUAAGUGAUUUCAUAAUCCAAUGUUAUUUUUUUUAGCUUUUGAAGAGAUUCAAGUAGCGAAAAGGUUAAAAAACGGAAAAUGUAGUCUUGAAGGAUCAGGAAGAAACUGAAAAGACUUUCAAGCACGAGUCUCCUUUAGUGGUCAUUAAAGAAAUGCCUAGGGCCUCUAGCUUUUUUCACAAAGACUGUCCCUAAUGAAUUGACUCCCAUUUCAGAAGUUCAGCGGCAAAGGAACCGAGAUUUUCAAUGAUUCCGAAGUUCUGCUCAAGUUCGUCAAAGACAAGGUCGAGCAGGUCCUGGAUAAGGGCUGUCAUCCCAAAAGGUCUAGUCAAUCACGUUUUUGAGCUUAUGACCUCUAUUUGAACCUUUUCUUUCCCUUUUUCUAAAUACAGCCGAUUUUUUUCGCCUAAGAAACAUGAUAACAUUGAAGAUAAUUCCGUGAAUUACUGGAAAAUCCUCUUUUCCAAAAAUAAUUUCUUUUACUUUAAUCACUUUAAUUUUCAAUUUUUGUCUUUCUUCAUAUGAAGGUCCUGUUACACGGAAUAUAAAGCGCUGAACCGAAUGUCACAAAAAAAAGAGGGAACUUAUUAGCUUUUCACGUGUAAUAUGUUUAAAAAGUUAUUUCUUCUAACUUUUUCACAAUUUUCAGGAGAGACAAAGUGAGAAGGAUUGUUGACGGUCUUUUGGCUCAAUCUCCGUCGGCUUGGGCUUCCGAAGAGUUCAGCGAGGACAGCGAGGAGGACGAGGACACCGAAAAUAAGGAUGUAUGAUGAAUUUCAAGAUUUUUCCUAGGAGGCUUUUUAGGUUCUAAUCGAAAUAUGUUCUUGGCUUGGCUCUUUAUCCUUUGUAGUUAUUCUAGGGUUCGAAAAAAAAAACAAAAGAAAAGUUCACGGAUUCCUUUAUGAUUUUAUUUUGGUAGAUUUGCGUUCAUUUCGAAGUUUUUGAGGCAUCACUACAGUUUGGUUCAUGCCAAGUGAAGAUAGUUGUAAAAUUUUGAAGUUGUGAUUUUUGAUGAAAAUGUUUUUGAUUAAGUUAUUCGUUCAGGAUCCCCGCUGGCGCCUCUACUGGACCAUUCGGAACGCCACAAACGAAAAAGAUCAUACAAGCGCGUUGGCCGAUCCUUUCUUGGAGCUUCCCAAUAGGAGGUAACAUUGGAAAAUCAAAAAAACAUUUCAGAAAUUUGAAAUUUUUUGGAGCUUUUUUCAAAGUCACGUUGAUGAGAAACUAUGUUUUAUGUUCUUUUGACCGUUUUUUUUUUCAAUUUGCUAGUUUUUGCGUUGAAUAAGAAGCUUUUAGAUGGUGAUUGAGGGGAGUUUUCCAAGAAUAACGGCCCAGAAGUGAAAAAAAAACCGUUGAACCCUUCAAGAUUUAUGAUUUUCAAUAAUUUUUCAGUUAUUAUCCCGACUAUUACGACGAGAUCAAGUCGCCAAUGUCGUUAUUUAUGAUCAAUAAGAAGCUGAAACGUGGCGAUUAUGAAUUCGACCAAAUGUUCAAGGAUUUGAUGCUGGUUCGUUUCGAUAUUUCGUUGGGCUUUUCAACUGAUUUUUUGUAUUUUUUACACUUUUCAUGCCAUUAUUGUACUAUAUAUUGCUGAAAAACUUUUUUUCCUCAAAAAUGUUCGGAGGAAGUUUUGUUUUCUACGCUAAUGAUUCUUUCAACUUUUUUUCGAAGAUGGAUGCUCUUUUUUAACAGUUCUAUUGACUGAAAAAAUGGUUUAUCACGUUUUUCAAAGAAAAAUGAAUUUUUUUCUGCAUUUGAGAAAGUUCACCCUCAAAUAUUAAAAAAAUAAUCGGAAAAUUUCAUUCUAACUAGUAAAAGAUUUUUUUUCUCAGAUUUUUGCCAACGCCUGUGAGUACAAUAUGGACGGCUCGGAAGUGUAUACGUUCGCCAAGAAAUUGGAAAAAAUCGCCGUUCAAAGUGCGAAAAUGCUCAAAGGCGAUCUGAAUGUUGGAGUGAGCUCUUAAGGGUUUUGAUCGGUAUUAUAUAGAGUUUUUGAUAGGAUUUCGAGAAGAAAACAGCCGUUUCUACUCCAAAAAAGCCGAAAACGCCUAAAGCCCCGAAAAUUAAAAUCGAAGUCGACAUUGGAAGCGAAUCCGACACCAGAGUUUGUUUCGGGGAAUUUUUCUGAUUGAGUAUUAAGUUCUCUCAUUAGAGACGUUUUAAGGUGGUUUUUAAAAAAAUAAAUUGCUUGGGAAGCUGGAAAAUUCUGAUUUUUUUGAUAUAAAUUUCAGAUAGUCUAGUUUCAAGUUUCGUUCGGGUAAAAGUUGAUCUUUCUUCAAGAUUACCUUGGUUUUUUUCGUUUAGAAACCACUAGUAAAAAAAGAUUUCCCAUUUUUCUAAUUCAGUUAGUUAUCAUGUCUAGUAUUUUUUUACAGACUCCUCCACCGGCUUCGCAUAAAAAACGAUCUCCAAAGAAGCCAAACGGCGACAAUGGCACUUAUCCGGGAAAACCAGGCCGGAAAUCUUUGAACGAACUGAUGAUCCGCUAUCGGAAAAAGAUGUUGGCCAUUUGGGAGGCCGUUGCAAAUGAGAAGGUCAUUUUUUCAGACUUUCUAUGGGCCGUUUUCUCUUUUAGUUUCAUUAUAGCAAAUUUUUGUAGUUUCAUCAGCGUUUCUAUAGAUUUUAUCGAUAUUUAAUGAUUUCAGGUCGGUCGCCAAGGACAGGAGUCCUAUUGGCCGGCGUCUCCUUUCAUGGAACUGCCUUCGUAUCGCGAAUAUCCCGAUUAUUAUGACGUUUGUCUAGUGAAUGAAAUAAGAGUACUCAGCUCUUGAUUCAGGUGAUUGCCAACCCGAUCGAUAUGAAGACGAUUCGCGAGCGGAUCGAGACGGACAAGGUAUUUUCUCUUUUUUUUUUAAUCCACUAACAAGCUCGUUUUUUACUCUCAUUUAUACGUCCAAUUGUCAGGAAACGAUCAUUCUUGACGAAAAAAAUAUUUUUUCUUAUGCCGUGUUAAAUGUAAUUUUCGCGAAAGGCGAAAUUGUCUCUGACUCUCCAAAACUCAGUUAUCUUUUUCUUUCUCUGACGGCUAUUCUGAAUUUUUCGGAAUCACGUUGAACACGGCAUAACCAUUUUCCCCAAAAAAACAUGGUUUUCUGCUCUUUCAGAAUAGUAUUUUUAAACCCAUUUUUUUCAGUACGACCUCUUCUCGGACUGUGUCGCCGACUUCAAGAGAAUGUUCGCCAACGCGAGAACUUAUAAUGUCCCGAAAUCGAGAAUCUAUGCCGACGCUAAUCAUCUUGAGAGAGUCGUUCGUUUUUUUUUCAAUUCUAAUGAUUCAGUCAAGAAAGACAAUUUUCUGAUCGUAAGCCAAGGAAGUGAUUGAAACUCGCACUGAUUUUGGUUUGGUGAAAAAGAUCCUUUAAAAAGAGUAAUCCAUUGAAUUUUACUUAUAAUGAUGUGAAAAAAAUUUGAGCAAUCAAAUUUGAAUAAUUCGGUAUUAAAAAAAUGAUAUUAACCGAAAUUUGAAGCUGAGUGGGUAUUUUUCACCAAACUUUUCGAAAAAAAGAAUGAUUCAAUUUUUGAAAAAGCUUUUUCUUAUUUUAAGCCAUAGGAAAGUAGAAGAAUUUCUUCAGAAUAUUUUUAAUUUUAAGUGUGUCUUUUUAUGGUCCCAUUCUAUAUUUUGAAGCGUUUGAUUUCAUGUUCCUACAGUCUGAUAUCAAAUUCAAAAUAUUUCAGAUGGCCGCGGCCUACGAAGCCAACAAAGACGGCCCGCAGGAAAGUCCGGCGGCGGUCCGCAGAAAAUUGGCGUAAGUUCAAAGUUCCUUUUUUGAGAAGCUAUCAGCGAUAAUUUUAAAAAAGGGAUUCUCUGCGGUUCUUGAGCUAUCUUUUUCUUCAGAAAUGUUUUCAACAGUUGCUCUAAAUUGUAAUGAGGAGUUGGAAGCUGACUACAAAUGAUACUUCCUUGAAGUUAAAGGAAUCGAAAAAAGAUAUUUUUCUGACCUCAAGCAUUUUUCUAACCCAAUGUUUUUUUUUUUGACUUUUUCUAACCCUCUUGUUAUUUUGUAAUCCGACUUGGAAAAUGAACCAUCGUGCAGACUUCUGAAGCCGAAAAGCCCGAAGAAAAGGCGGACCCAGCUGAAAUUGAACGGCGGUGGCGGAGGAGGAUUGGCGUUCGGCCAAGGCUAUUCUGAUGAUGAAUCGUCCAACUCUUCGAUUAGGUAUCCAUCCGUGUCGUCUUCAAGCCUCCCAAGCUGCAUGGCCGGCGGCUUCUGUCGCGUUUCGUCUUGAUGUUGGUGUUGACGUCUUAGUAUUGAGCGUCACUGUUACAAUUUGUGAGCUCUAUCCCAAUAGAUUCCGCGCUACGAAAAAUUGUCUCUGACUCUCUAAAACGGUUAUUUGGAUCUCGCGAAAUCACUUUGAGCGCGAUAUGACGUUUUAAGCUAGUUGAAAAUAUUUUUAGACGGAAAGUGGUCUUGAAGUUGUGAUUGUCGGUGUAGUGCAUGAAUGUCUGAACAGCAUGGGGAUUUUCAUCAUUCUGGUUAUUAUAUUCAAAAAAAUGGAGUUUUUCCUUGAUAAAGUUGUUUAAAGACUGAGACUUUUGAAUUUCUUGGCUUCUCUGGGUUUUGAGCGGGGUUUUUCGAAGGUUUUUUUUUUCAGCUUCUGGAAUCAGUAACUUUUCAGAUUUGCAUGGCUUUAGAUGUUGUCUUUUUUUUAGCUCUGUACGUUCUUAUAUUUUUUGUUUUUACAUGCCCAAAAAUUGUUCAGAUCUCCGGAACCGACGCCAAAACAAACGAAAAAAGGAAAAGGAGGAGCCGAUAAGAAGUUCAUCGAGAUUCUGAAUAGGUACGGUCAUUCCUCGUAAAAUGUGAUAAAUAGUAGGAUCACUAGUUCGACUAAUACAGGGGUCUCUAAUUUAGAGGAUCUAAAACGUCAAAGCUUUAAUUGUCCUCUAAAACAGUAGUCUUGAACUUCCCUUUUGAAUACGGCACAAAAGUUCCUAGACCAAAUUAAACUUUCCUGGUCAGAAUCUGCAAAAUGAAGCUGUAAAGUUUUUUACUGCGCAGAAUAAACUAUUCAACGGUGUAAAGAAUGAAGAAUCGACUGAAUACACACAAAAAAUGGUUGCAGACUCCCAAUAGAGGAGCAGAAGAUGUGGCGCCUUCUUCACGGCGUCAAAGACUACCGAGACGAAAAAGGCCGGAUGCUAUCCGUGGCGUUCAUGAAGCUGCCCACCCGCGAGGAGUACCCCCGCUACUAUGACGUCAUCAAGAAGCCGAUGGACCUCCAGAGGAUCCAGCAACGGCUCAACGCCCAGGCCUAUCACACCUUGUCGGACCUCUACGCCGACCUCACUCUCAUGCUCGACAACGCAUGUCGGUAUAAUGAGCCCGAGUCGAGCAUUUACAAGGUGAGGCUGAAUGGUAGGAAAAUACAGCAGACUUCCAAGAAAGGAGUUUUGAAUGUGGAAUCUGUAAAAUUUUAUCCUAAAUCUUCACAGAAAGAAGGAUUUUCCUUGCCAGAAACUUCUGAUCUUCCGAAACCUUUUGGAAAAUAUUAAGCUUAUUUGGCAUUGGUUUUUAGGGUGAGUGUGUAAUUUUAGGCAUGUUCGCUCAUUUUUACCUGAAAAUUAGAACAUUUUCAAGGGUCUUAUAGCUUUUUCGACGAAUUUCUUUCUCUUAAGGACGCCGUAUCACUGCAACGGCUUCUCCUGGAAAUGAAACGAGAGUUCGGAUCCGACGAAAGUCUUCCAAGAGUUCAAGUCGAAAUCAGGACCAUUUUCACCUCGAUUUUCGCCGCUGUCUUCUCGAUGAAGGUUCGAGUUUCAGAAUCGAAAAAUGAAGUCGGAAGAACUCUUCACGAUUUCCAAAAACUGUUCUUAAAAAGCUUCAGUGGCUGCGGGAUCAGACCCUAACCCCUAUAGGGACCAUUCUAGCGUUCAUGUUUUGACAGUUUUCGACACUUUCGUGCUGGAGAUUUAAGAUCAAUCCAAUUAUUUUCCUUUUCAGGACAAGAAUGAACGUUGUCUGGCCGACUCCUUUGUAGAACUACCGGAGCUUCUGAAGGCCAAGGGAAUCCCAGCCGAAGAAUGGCCCUUCACUUUCGACCAGAUCAAGAGGAACAUCGACAAGUCUCGUUACAGACGUCUUGAUCGUCUUCAGAAGGACUUUUUCGACCUUUUCGACAAGGCGCGAGAAGUUUCCAAGAUCGGGUCCACGGUGAGGAAUCAGUAAUUGUUAUAAAAUAUGAGAAACAACUAGUGUAAAACUUUUUCUUGACUUGUUCUGUUUUAGUAAUAAAUAACAUGUACUGAGAACUGUUGGAAGUUAUUGAGGCGGUUGAAAAGGAGAGAAUAUCUAUUCAAAGUUAUGAGAAAUGACCUUGAAGCCAGAAAAUUUAUGAGUGUGAAAGUUUUCUUGAUGACAGAUUUUUGAGAAAUAUUAUUCAUUUUUUUUUUCGAACUUUUUGCAUUGAAGUUGGAAAAAAACAGAGUUGAAAAAUCGAUAAAAUAGCUUCUUAAAAGAAAAGCCGAGAUUAUAGGAAUUUACACGCAUAAUUAAAGGUUUUAAAGAAAAAUUUUACAGAGAAGCGAAAAAACCUCUAAAAAUAAAAGAUCUCGAAGUUUUCAUAACGUUAAAUACGUUUCAAAAAACUUAUUUAUAACAAAUGCAUUUUACUUUAGAUUUCAUUUUCUUCUCUGUUCAAUCAAUGAAUUUAUGAUAAUUUGAGCUCUUCAACGAUGCCGUCGAACUCCAGAAGAAGUUUAUCGAAGAACGUGACGCCAAAUGUAAGGGCGUCAUAUUCUCCAACGCCUACAAUGUCAAUCAGAAGGUGUUUCUCCGGAGAAAUGAAUCGAUUUACUGGAAAACUGUAGGAUAUCGAUGAGGCGGUCGAAAGUGAGAGAAGCUCCCGGUCGAGCGGCAGGAAAAGCGCGGAAACGGAGGAAGUAGAGGAGAAAGGCAACAAGUCGCCGAAGAAACUCGUGAGUUUGAAAAUAGAUGCUACUCAUAAAUAUGACGCUUUUUUUAAUGUGAAAUUCUAACUUUUGAAAACUAAUUUUCGAGCUUUUUUCUUUCAUAAUUCCUAGUUUUAAAUGUAGAAAUGUAGCUGGAGAUGAAGUUAUCAAUGAAUAAAAUUAAUUUGGAAAAUAAAAAAGCUCUUGGGAAUCCACAUUGAAUCGAUAAUUUGAAUAUUUGAGUGCUCAUUUCUUUUUAGCAGACAAAGCAGGUGAAUUGAUAAAAUUGGCAAGGUUAUACUGAACAAUAUUCAUGAGGCCAUGAAGGUUUUCUGAAAAUUUUAAAACUGGGAAAACAUGGAAAAUUGAAAUUUAUUUAUUUAUUUUUUAUUGAACGUCAUUCGUUUUUCCAAAUUUACAGGAAGGAGAAGUGGAUUUGGAGAGUUUCGAAAAGGAAGGGAAGACUUUCAAAGCGCCCUGCUUUGCCUACAUCGCCCGGACGGAUGACAAGAAGCUCCCCCCUCAUAUUAUGCGGAUUGAGAGGAUUUUUAAGUUGGUUUUUUGAAUUAAACUUGAGUUUGUGUCUUCUUUGGGCUCCCAACUGGAAUUAAUAAGUUGAACUUCUUGAAGUCAGCAACUUAUCCGAUUCGGAGAAGAGUUGAAAAGAGUUCUUUGGGACAGUUGAAAUGAUAGCAAUAAGAAAGUUUUUCAAAUGAUUGCGCAGACAGUUCACGCCAUUUAGCAUCUCAGGCUAGCCGUGAGACGGCUAUUUAUGUUGAAGCUUGAAUUUUGGGAAUUCCAAACGAUUUUUCGUGAAAAAUGAUAAAGGUUCCAUGAAAUUUCAAUGUUUUCUAGUCAUUAUGAACCUUUUUGGAAACCGUUUCUUUUGAGGAAUGAAAAUGGCGACGAGGCGGUUCAAGGCUCCUGGGUCUACCGUCCCAACGAAACGCUUCAUUUGGCCAGUCGGAAGUUUUUCGCCAACGAGGUACCCAAAAAAAUUUGAUUACAUCAAAAAUUUCGACUCAGGUCUUCAUCACCCCGUUUUUCGAUACGGUACUCGCCGAGAGGCUCAUCGGCCAGUGCACUGUAGUCUUCGUCAAAACUUUUGUGAACAACGAAAUUCGGGGCGUCGAGCCAAACGAUGUCUAUGCCUGCGAAUGGCGUUAUCACGGAAAACCCAAGUAUUUCCUCAAAAUCAAGGUUUUUCCUGGAUUUUUCUGAAUAUAAGUCGAAUUUUAGCAAUGGGAAUACGCAGAUGAGGAUGAAAAACUCGACCUUUUACCCAGAGAAAGGCCGAUUUCCCCGGAAAGGACGAUUAGUGAAUUUGCGGCGGUUUGGAUAGAAUGGAAAAAAAGAUAAGGUUUCAAUUUGAAGGCCGAAAACGAGGAAGGCGAAGAGGCAGAAGACACGGCGACGCAGUCUUCGUCGACGUCUUCUGAAGAAGAUUCGAGGCUGAAGUCGACCUUUUUGCUGGACAUCGACAGGCCUGAGGUCGGAUAUAAUUCCUUAGGGUCUCUAGAGAAGAAUUUCAUUUUUCAAUCAGAAUUUAUUCCCAAGAAAAGUAAUUGUAAUCUGUGGAUAGGAAUUUCUUGAACAUUGGCUAGAAAACUUCUUGGUCUAUCAAAUAAAGGACCUGUAUGACUUUUUCGUUUUCAAUAAAUAAAAUCUCAAAGUCUCAGAGUAGCCGAUUUGAAUGGAUUUUGAUGGGCUUAUAAUUAGAGCUUUUGAUCUAACCCGUCUGAAAGCCUUUAGAAAAUUUUUUGGGAUUUUUUAAACUCCAAACUGAUACCGCCUUUCUUGUGAAAUUUUAUUUAGUUCAGAAAAAUAAACUUGAUAGGAACAAGAAGAAAAUAAUCAGAUGAAGAGUUUCAGAUCAAGGCAAAAGGAACGGAAGAAGAUGCCGACGGCAGGACCUAUUUCCAAGAGAUGCGGUCAAAAACCGGGCGAGCCUACGCCCAAGGCCAAUACGUUUUGGUUUUCAACCCCCUGAAACCGCUGUGCGACAUUAUGCGGAUCGACAAGCUGUGGAGAGAGAAAGAGUGGGCGGAGUUUGAAGGGAAAUUGCUCAUGUUAUCCUUUUUCAGCGACACCGAAUGCUUCUCUGGUGGCUGGUUUGCAAGGCCCGCCGAUGUUGCUCAUGACAGGGGCAGGAUGUUUUAUCCAAAAGAGGUAGAAAUUCAGAGAAAUCGACUAGGAAACAGUUGAAGAACUCUUCGUAAAAACAUGAAGUUUAGCUUGAAAAUUGAGUUAAAACACUCUUUUUCCGUCAAGCUUAUUCUGAAAUUACUCGAUUCACGGUUUUCUCUGACACGUCUGCGCCCUAUUUCCUCUCUUUCUGUCCUUUCUUUAACUUGUACGUUUGGAAAUAGCUCCAAAAAUAAGCGAUUUUUUUUAGUUUUAUGAAUAUUUGAAUUAUUUCGGAGCUGAAGUAAAAUUUUUCCAAAAAUUUCAGUCGUUUUUCAGAACGUCGGGUGUAUAGAUGAUUAAAAAUUAUUCGCCUUGAAGCUUUUGGAGACUUUUCUCGAUGUUCUGUCAAACUUCUGAGUGAAACUUUGGAACACAAGAAGAAACUCGUAAAGAUGAAAAUUAAAAAUACAAUGAAAAAGAAUUUCCUCAAUUUUUCAAUCAUUCAAAAAUAAUUCCAGGUGUUUGCUGUGAAUCAACCUGACCAAACACGACGAGUUCUGGAUAUUCAGUCCAGAUGUGAUGUCAUGACAACCAAGGAUUAUAUAAGACGUUUGGAAGACCCCCAAAAAAAACUCACUAUUGAAAAUGAAUUUUAGAAAGACCAUCGGAAAUACCCGAAUGUGACGUUUUUGUCUGUGAAAGUCGUGUGCAGGGAUCGACGUUCUCCGAAGGCGAAACUUCUUCGUUGUUCUGCAGAGGAGUGAGUUUCGAAGAUAUAGCUUUUGAGGACAAUUGGCAAAAGAAAGAACUGCAAAAAUCCGAUUUAUACGAUUUUUAACGCGGUUGCGCUGCAUUAAAAAGGCGAAAAUGAAGUUUCAAUUUUUUUUUUUAUACUCGGAAAGCUCAAACAGGACUUUUCUGAGCGAAUGAGCACCUCAUGAACUGCGCCCGACCAUUAGCGACUUCCGCCUUAUUUCAAAAAGCCUGAUCUCACGAAAAAUUUCAAAAAGUUGGAAGUUUUUAGACUGGUGCAGCGACUGGCGAGGAAGAUUAUGACACGUCGGAUAGUCCUAUGAGCCUGGAUUGCGCGAAAAAUGUUCGAAAAUUCAAGGUUUGGAGGACUUUUUUUGAGUUUCCGAAGGAAAGCAACAAGAUUCGGGUGAUGAAAUUAUAGGGAAGUGAGAUGUUAGAACGGCCGAAAACUGACCGAAAAGAAUGAAUCGCUUUUUUGAGACAUUUUAGUGAAAUAUGUACUGAUUUUUUUCCUAAAAUUUUUUUAAAAAAGGAAGAUUCUUAGAAAAAAAAUUGCGUGUAAAAUAAUAAUCUAGGUUAUUUUUGAAAAAAACACACUUUAGGCGCAAAAAGUUGCUUCAAGGCAAUUUCGCACGAUUAUUUUUUUAAAAUAAAAAAAGUCGUCUGAUAUUUGCAAUAUUUUUUUCCCAUUGAAUGCAAACGAGUCACAAAUGGAAAAUUAAUCCCUUAAAAGUAUUUUUAAUCUUACAAAGUUCGAAAUAGUUUGAGUUCCGAUCCUAUUGGGGGAGAAGGAAUUGAGAAGGAUAUUGCGCCAUGAAAGGACGAUAAGAACAGCAAAAAAAAAAGGAGAAACGAACGGGACCGGUUUUUCUCCACGUGUGUGUACGCUGGCAAACGUUUCAUUUUUUUUUUUUUGGCGUUUGCGGCGGAUCCUCCCCCCUACUUCUCCGUUCCUUUUCCCCUUGCUGGAAAUGACGUAGCGUGGGAAAAUCGAGAAGCGACUCUCGGUUAUAGGAGAUGUGUUAGAGAGAGAAAACGGCCGAUUACGAAAUUGAUGAGAAGAGAUUCGUUUUGGAGCAAUUUUCAAAGCUUAAACUCAGUGCAUUAUAACAGUAAGAAGGGUGAAAAGUAUAUGUGAAGAAAUCAAUUUUGUGGUACGGUUUUCCAAAAUUUUUGAAGUUUCUCAGUGGAAAUUAAGUUUAUAAAUGAAGAUAUUAUAUCGCGCGGCCGUUUCGAAUCCCAAAAAUGGACGGCACAGAGGGUGACCCAUUUUAAGUCUCUCCUAAAUGAAAAACGAAGCUUUUUUUCAAUUAAAGGCACAAAAAGGACUCAAUAACGCGCUCCAUGGAGAAUUUCGAGGAUAGAAUGAUUUUUUGAGCGAUUUUUCAGAUCAGAUGUAAUUUAAGAGAUCGAACGAUUAAAAGAGCGUUUCAAACUCAAAAGUUGAUUAGCUCAUCCCUCAAGGGUUGAAAUCGAAGAUUAGGUUUUUCCAGUUCAGGAGAAGCCGCUUUUCAAAAAGUUCCUUUUCUGUCCAUUUUCCCGAUUUUGCUCCUCUUCUGACCAAAGUUCCGCCAUUUCGGGACUGAGAAAUCCGUGAAGUCUUCUCUUUUCCGUUUGCCGAGCUUAAUUUUGUUCCUUUUAGCUGUUUGGGUUUGAUCAAGCUUCAUCUUGUCAUUGAAGAUCGACGAAAACUUUUUCGGACCCAUUUUGCUCUCAUUCUUUUUGCAACUUCAUUCCGGAUUUGAAAAAAAAGACUGUCAAAAUAGGGGAUAUUCAGAAUUCCAGGGCUUUUAUGCAUCUUCGAGUAUAGUUUUAGGAUCCCAAUAAAAAACCAUCUUCUCUGAAUAAUCAUAUCUCUUCAAAGGCGCAUGAUUAGAUAAAAGUCUUUAGUUUCCCAAUACAAUGAAUCAACUCUAGCGGAUCAGAAAGAUCUCUCUGACAGAGGCCGGGGUUAGCCGCAGCAGUAUUGGAUCGAUCUUUCGAGACGGAAGAGAGACAAGACGACGAGUCGGUCGGGUUAGACAGCACGCCGACGCCGGAGACGUGUCUGCUCGGCUGGGAAGGCCGCGGCGCGCGCCUGGUGCGGAGCGGCAGAGACGCAGACAGAGAGACCUCCGCGGCCGCCGCCACCGCUGCAAAUCGUCGAGGCCAGACCAGGUCUAGCGAAGGCAUCGGCGGUCACAUCCAUCGUCGUCUUCUUCGUCGUCGUCCUCGCCGCAAUUUUUCGGCGGCUGCGCCGGCCGCCGCCUCCCCCCUCCUCUUUUUGCCAUCCUCGUGUGUAUCUGACCACCACCGCCGGCGCUACCGCCCUGCACCUACAUACUGACCGAGCUGUCGCUGCUCCUUCCCCUGCUGCAACCGUGCUUAUCGCCGUGUGGCCGCCGCCGCGACUUUUUUCUCCUCUUGUGUUGUUCCCCUUCUUGUUGUGUUGUUGUUGUUGACGCAGGAGGGACGCGCGCUCGCGAGGUUCGCAAAGUAGUUUACAGUACUUUUUUGUAGGUUUUUCGUCAAGUUGAUUUAUCCUGACUUGGAUCUGAAGUUGUCAGGACUUGGAUCUGAAAGAAGUAAGAGGGUAGAGCAGAACUUGAGUUGGGUGGAACACUUCUAAAGCACUCAUUUCAAGUUGAACUAGCAUAUUGUCUCAUUGGCGAAGUAGAUAUGUUUAGAGCUGUAAUACUGUCUGGAAAUUUAGUUAAGCUGAGAGUGAGAGAAAGAGCAUAGGAACUUCAAAUCGUCCAAAUUUUGAUCUCAACUUCAGGUUUGAGUUUGAAAAUAAGCUCUGUAAGUUUAGUUGGGGUGACCAAGUAGAGAUUAAACCUGCAUAGAAGACUAUAACUAGUUCUCAACUGGGUCUUGAAUUUUUGAAUCUCAGUUUAGUUAGGAGCGAUAGUAUUAAAAAUGUUUGAUAUUAUUUUGUAGAGAGUUGGGUUAUCUGUAACAUUCUCAAGUAAAUCUUUAUUUUUUGGAGCAAAAAGUUUGAAAUUUGAAGUUUGAGAAACAAAGUGAGGGUUUUUAUUAAAUUUCGACGACGCUAGGAUUUUAAGCAGGUGUAGGAUGACUAAAAAUAUCAGAAUGGGUGUUUCUUUGAGCGAUGAGGAUAAAUGCUGGAAUUUGAAGAAGUCUUUUCGUCUGUGCUCUCUUUUCCCUCGCCGGCGCGACCAGAGAAAAGGGGAAAUAGCAUGUAAACAAGAGAGCGCCGUUUUUUAAAUGAGAGACAGCAGGCGAGGCUAGAGUCUUCUAAUUUGCGGCGAACGGAGUAAUUAUAUAUUUUAAAGAUUUGAAAUAGUUUUUAACCCAUUUUUUAAACAGUUCAUCAUUUCGAAGCUUCCAGGACUCUUGUUGCCUUGAUCAUUCGCUUUUUUUGAUGUUUCUUCAUGUUCGAAUUAGGUACUGAAUAUUAACUUUUUCAGCAGUACAAACUUCACCCGAUUGUACCGGAUGACGAGUUGUUCAUCUUCAAAACGCCAAUAGCCAUGGAGAAGGUGAGGAAAAUGAAGAAUUGGUUAUGUAAAGGGACAUAAAAACCAGGAUUGAAAAAAAAAAUUUUAAAAAAAUUGGCUAAUUUUUCUUUUCUUCAAAGUUCAUAACUUUCAUGCCUCUUCCUUCAUUUUCUAAAGUUCAAAUCUAAAGCAACGAAUAAAAAAUAAGCAUCAUUUUUUCAGGACAUGUCACCCUUGUUGAAGAACGAAGGCGCUUUGCCUCUCGACGCCCUCGACGACUUGCUCGACGACGACACGGAUGGAUCCGAGUCGGUGGCCAGCGCCAACACCGCCAAGGUACUUGAUUCGGUUAGAUUCGAGACAAUAAAUCGAUCAUUUAUUUUGUCGAUUUAGUCAUAAAUGUUGUCGUAGGCGAUUAACACGAAUAUCUUAAGCAAUAUCGAACAACGAUAGCGAACUAGAAGUCCAAAAUUGUAGUUGAACAAGUUGAACGCAUGGUAUUACGAUCUUUUGCCUCUUUUUUGCGCGUAGUUCAUUUAGUUGCGCUCUGACAAGCUCAGGCUGCAACCCGAAGACCUUGCUCUAGGUGGAAGCCUCGAAAUGAGAGUGACGAACUCUAGUGAAUACACGGAAUUACCGCAAGAUCCUCUUUUUUUUCCCUCGACUCUGAAAUAUUUCAAUUUUGGCGCCAAAACUAGAAUUAAAAGAGAGAAAUAUUUGUGACAAAAUAAAAAGGCUUAUAAGAACAUCUCGAAGGUUACCUAUUGCAUCUUCUCUGGCAAAUUUUAAAAAAGUUCUAUUUUUAUUUUCAGACGCCGAUCCCGACUGAGCCGGUAGCUUCUGUAAGCUCUCCCUCGCCGGCCAACUUACCCAACGCAAAUACGCCCCAUUGGACGGAUUCUCAGCCGAAAUUGACGGUUAAGAGCAAAAGCGGCUAUAUUCUGUUCUCGGCCGAGAUUCGCAAGCGCAUCAUGCACGAGAAUCCCGACGCGGGCUUCGGAGAGGUCUCCAAGAUUGUCGGCGUUGAGGUACUGCCAUUUUUGUUUCAAUAAUAGUUUAUUGACAGAUCAGUGUGAACCUUAAUGAGUUUACUUGGUUUAAGAUAAUUUUUUUAGGAUUUAAAAGAUUACAGAACAACUUCACAUCACUUGAGUCUUAAAGGAACAUAUUGAAAUAGCUCGUUUUUGAAUUUUAAAGUGAUAGAAGUUCAUAAUUUUCAUAUUUUCUUGGAUUUUUCUUUCUUUGUAUUUUUUUUUCUUUUUUAUCCUUCAGAGUCUAAAUUUUAAGCGCUCAAUUAAGUUCAAAGCAGCUAAACUUUGAGCUUUCUCUUUUCCAAGCCAGAGAGCACUACUAAACAAGAGGGGACAGAGAAAAAACGCUCUCCUUCUUACUUUUGGUCCCUCUCGCGCUUUUGAAGAUUUCAAAGUUUACUUCUUGGAAUUUUCCACGGAUCCCUUUAGCCUGAAAAAGUAAUAAUAGAAAUAUUUCCAUAUUUAGCUUCGAUGAAAAUUCAUCGAAGCUCUCGGGUUUACGCUGCGUAAACGUUCAUAAAAAUUUUUUACAGUGGAAAAAGCUGUCGGAUGACCAAAAACGGCAAUACGAAGUACGAGCUGAAUACAUUGCGACCGAACGAGCCAAACAGGAAGCCAUAAAAGCGGCGCAGGAGAGGACUUUACAGGUAAAAAAGGCAUAUUUCAUGAAUAAAAUUGGAAGAUAUGUAAAUUGUCGACCUUUAGUUUAGCUCUGAAUUUUUUAAAUCUCAGUUUUCCAGGUUGUUCAAUCUUUGAGAUGUAAUAUUGUUACACGAGCUUGAGCUCUUGAGAAUGAUUUUGGUUAGGAUUUUAGAUUCAGCGUAAUAUUUCUGUCUUCUAAGAAUGAACUUGAGCUUACAACUUUGAGCUCGACUGGAUCAUUUUCAGCUUCGUGUGAGGAUAUUGGACUUGAAAUAGGAAAUUCGAGCUUUUUUAUUCAUUGCCCUAACGUACUUUUGGUUAGACUCUGAGGUUAAUAUAGACUCCUUUUUCAAACUUUUUCGUUUUUCUGUUUGUUUGAGAACUUUUUUUAGCCUCAAAAAUAAUCAUCUUGAAGAAUAUUUAAACACGAUUUUUCAGCCCGGCCAAAUACGGAUCUACCAGUGCAAAUGGGCCAACUGUGAUUCGCAGUUUGACGCUGAAAAUGGCCUCUAUGAACACAUUGUCCAGCAUCACACAAGUCAAAUUAUCAGUAAGUUUUUAUUUUCUCUCAUUUUCUCGAUUCGCAAUAUUUUCAUUGAGUUUUUGAAUCGAGUAAUUAAACAAAAGUUAGAAAACGAAACUUUUCUAGUGGACAGCGAUCAGCAGUUCGUGUGCAUGUGGGUGACGUGUUUGCGGAACCGGAAAGACGGGAAGCCAUUCCCGAGUUUGCCGCGUCUCCAUCGGCAUAUGAAGGUGAGGAAAACGCGAAAAAUCAAAAACUAUUGAGAAAUUCCAGGAAAAACACUUGACUUCCUCAAGCCGGAACGUUCUUCCGGGACAAAUCGGCCGAAACUUCUACAAACUCAUGACCGUGACCAUGGCCAACGGGGAGCAGGUAGAGAUUUUGUCAUUGGAGCGCAUUCGAAGAUUUUCCAAGAUGAAUUUUUAUUUGGUAUUUCUGGAAGCUUCUUCAAUGGCUUUCCAGUUCUGUCGAUCAUUUUUCUCGCUCCAUUUUUUAGGCAGAGGUGAACUUUAGGGCUAAUUCCCUUUUUCUUUGUUUUUUUUUUUAGAAAAACCGCCUUUCUCUCAAAAUUUUAAAGUUUUCCGAAAGACUAGUCUCGAUAAAAAAUACUGUUUUUCGCCCUUUUUCAACCCUCAAGCAAAAGGAAACUAAAUUUUAAUUUUAUAAAAUCUCGAAAACUAGGUCUUCCAUGUCACAGAAGCCUAAGAAUGGAGUUUUGACUUACCAUCCUUCUCAAACUGUUUCUGUAUGCCUCGAUCCGAAAGUAUGAGCAUUCGAAAUGAUUCAGUGUCUUCAACUGGUCCACGCGCCAAUGGGACGCCCUCAACCUUCCCAGCAGCCCGCCAAUCACCCUCAGCAGAUGAACGGAAACGGAAUGAUGCACCAUCAUCAGCAGACCCAACAGCACCAUCCGCAGCAGCAGCACAUGAUCCAGCAACAUCACCAGCAAGCGCAGAUGAACGGCCAUCACCACCAUCCCCAGAUGUCCAAUGGAGAACACCAUCAUCCGCAAUACGUUCGGGUUAGUCUCAUGAAGCUUCAUCUACGUUUAAGUAUAGAUUUUAAAAAAAGAUUGAAAAAUGCGCGUGCGUGAAACCAUCAUCUCUCUGAAAUAAAUUAUGCCCUUUCACGUGAAAAUUGAAAAUCCGUUUUUUUUUUUUGGAAUCCAACAAAUAUCUCAAAUUUUAGUCGAAACUUUUUUUUUUCAUCUUUUUCUGUCGACUAGGCUAGGCGGUGAAAAACGUUCGAUUCAGUCGUGGCCGCUCUUGGAAUGGCUCAAACCUAAAACUAUCUUUCUUGAUUUGGAAAUUUUGAACGAUUUUCGGGUAGUUUCAGGUUUAUCGUUCUUUUUUUCAGCAAGGACAACCCCAACAAGUUCACCACCAGCCUCAGCAGCAGCAGCAAGUAAUGUACACCAACUCGCCGUCCUGCUCCCAGUACCAGCAGGUGCGAAUUUUCAGGAAUUUUCUGAAGCUGUUAAACUUAUUUAAGCUGUGAAAAACCUGAAGAGCAAUUUCAAAAAAAAUGUCAGAAAAAAGCGAACUUUCAAUUUUUCCAGGUGCCACAACCCCAGCAAGCUGGCCAGAUGCAAGUGGCGCAGGUGACGCAGGUCAUCACGGAUCCUGGACGGACGAUUGUAAGAGCGCCGCAACACGCAGAGCCUGUCUUCGUCGCACCGCCCAACUCGAUCCAUUCCCGACGCGUCCUCCACUCGGAAGCCUAUUUGAAGUGAGGCUUCAGGGUUUUUGGUUCCAGAAAGUCUAGUGACUUUUUGAGUAAAUCGUUCAGUGACCUUUCAAGGUGUAGAAUGAACUAAAAUUAUUGAUAGUAAAAAGCUUGACGAUCCUUUAGGGAGAUACCUUAGUGACCUCUCAAGGGUUAAUUUAUACAAUUACUCUUUAAAAAAAAAUAAAUAAAAACCUCGAGUGUUUUUUUUUGCAGGUUGUUUCGAACUUUUAAGGAAGCACUUAAGAAGUAAAAAGAAUCAAAUUUUAAGAAGUCGCUAGGAAAGUGAAGUUUUCUUAAAAUAUCUUCUAAUUUUUAAACGGUUUGUUGCUGUUUUGAAUGUUUAAAUUUCCCUUUUUGAAAAUUGUUUCUGUUAGAGGUCUUUUCGGCUCUUGAACUGUAUUAUUAUUCGUAUUGAAUAAAUGAUGAUGAUGAUGAUGAAGUAGUAUCUAAGAGGACGCGGUUUUUUCUUGGCUUAUUCCUAGACUCUUUUUAUGUUAGAGCGUUCAAUUGAGUGGAUAAAAACAGAAAAAAAAGUCUACUUCAAAAUCUUGAUCAGAAAGAAAAUAUAAGCAACAACUACAAAAGCCUCCAUUUUUUUCUCCCUUUUCUGCACUCUUCCGUUCAAAUGGCGUUUUACAGGUACAUUGAAUCGCUGACGACGAGGCCGAAAACGGGUGGAGCUCGAUGGGAAAGAAGUCUCGCUCCAUCGCACAAAACGAACCCCCACGAUCCAAAUAACCGCAACGCGGCAGGAGGACCGCAUCGUCUGCCGACCCACUGGAUUCGCGUAUGUUAUUUUCUCCUUUUCAAAAGUUUUACCUCGGUAACACAAACCGAACGCGUCCCGAAUGUUUCUAUAGUAAUUUGUUUAGCGAAUUCAGCACUUUUAAGGGAUUUGCUUAGAAAAUUCCGGUUUGUGUUUCCCACGUCCGAGAAGUUUGGCAUUUCGCAAAGUAACUCGGAAAUCCUGAAGUUAUAACUCUAGUGGAAAAACGAAAUGCGAUAAGUGGACACUGAAGAAAAUACUGAAAACAAAAAUACGAUAUGAAGGAAAAGCCCCUUAAUCCCUCAAGUGACCACCCGGAAGGAAAGCCUUAGCAGGUUGACACUCCGAAUUAGUAAUCCCUUUUUGAUCCCCUUGCCAAAAGCUCUGAAUAGUAUUUUAAGUUGCCGCUCAGAAUUACUUUCGAUAAUAGCAAUGCGAAUUCAUAUUAGCCUUAGAGCUAAAAAUAUUUCAUACAUUGGACAGUUUGGCCUUACUGCUUCCCUUAUCGACGACGUCAAAGAAACAGGAAAAUAUUAGAUCGUGGAAACCUGAACGUCAAUGAGUGAUUAGAGCGCGUAGAGGAAUCAGACGGUUUCGAAAUGAAUCAUUCUAGUCAUUCACUAACCAUUUAUGAAUUGAUUCCAUCCUUUUGCUUUUCCAGGAAUGUCGGGGAAGGCCAGUAACCCGGGAAGAAGACGUGACCAAGGCCCUAUGGCGACUCCGAGACGAGCUUCUGCAGAGCACUUGUAAUGUUGACGUCAACUCCUUGCUCUGA